AUGUGCAGCGCUAAUACUAUUGAUGAAAAGAGCGAUAAAAAUGAAGCUAAUGGCAAUAAAAUAAUGAACGAUACUUCUGCAAGCCAUCAUGCUCCAAACCAUCGCCAUCACCAUAAAAAAGUGGUAUUUCGUGAGAAGCAGUUCACUGUUCGCGCAUCACUUCUGACUGUAUUAAUGGAAAAGUCGGAUAUGCGAGCUCUACGAAAUUUCAUCACAUCGUGUUUCAUCCUUAUGUUCAUCGGGACAAUGCUGAACGACACGUUGACUCAUAAAAACCCAUUAUAUCAUUUUUGGCUGGUUGUUUGGAAUUUCAAUCAGCUACCACAAACACUUGUCGUAUGGCUUCUGAUGGCUUUAAGUACAUUGUUACCCUAUUUCGUUUUGAGAGUUUGGAGCGAUUCGCCAUCGAAGCGGCUUGCAAGCAAGGCUUGCAAUUUUUCUAUUGCAAAUUCGGGUAAACGUUUACUUGAAACGACGCGUAUAGCGAUGAAGGUGCACUCAUUCGUCCGCGAAAACGUGCCACGGGUGAUUCGUUUGAAGGGUGCGGCCAAGGAUAAGAUCAUUAUCAGUAUCGUCAAGCUACCAUUUCAGCAUGAAAGUGGUGAAGCAUUUCCAACAAUCCAACAACUCGCCUAUUACUUCUUUUGCCCUGCAUUUAUAUAUAGAGACCAUUAUCCCAGAAGUGAUACACGAAGUUGGAACGUUGUGCUGAAAUACUUCGUUGAAGUUUUACUCACCAUUCUGUGUACAAAUGUCAUUUUCACUCAGAUGAUCUACCCUCGUUUCAAUCCCAUCGACUACACAACAUCAGGUGUCACUUUUUGGAUUGAAUCUAUGUUCGCAUCCGUUCUACCUGGAUUACUUUGCUUAAUGUUGUUAUUCUAUGGAUUAUUACAUUGCUGGUUGAAUAUGUUCUCGGAGAUGCUUUAUUUUGGGGAUCGAGAGUUUUAUUUGGAUUGGUGGAAUUCGAGAAAUAUGGCAGAAUAUUAUCGACGUUGGAAUUUGGUUGUGCACGAUUGGCUUUAUGCUUAUGUUUACAGAGACAUUGCAUUGCUGAUCGGUGGUAAGAGAGGAUUAAAGAUAUCACAAACUGCGGUCUUCUUCUUGUCUGCCGCAUUUCACGAAUAUUGGUUUGGUGUAGCACUACAGUUCUUUUAUCCGGUCAUGAGAGGAUUAAAGAUAUCACAAACUGCGGUCUUCUUCUUGUCUGCCGCAUUUCACGAAUAUUGGUUUGGUGUAGCACUACAGUUCUUUUAUCCGGUCAUGUUCGUCUUGUAUUUCAUUUUUGGAGGAAUAUUUUAUUGGGUAUCGACGUUCAUCAAAAAUGCAAGUGCAUGGAAUAUAGCGAUGUUCACGAAUUUGUUAAUUGGCACCGGAAUGUUCAUUUCAUUUUACAGUCAAGAAUGGUAUGCCAGACUAAGAUGCUCUCCGAUAUCAUCGAAUUUUUUCAUCGAUUCCGUUAUACCACGACACUGGUUCUGCACCGAAUAUGUUGACGAAUCUGUUGUGAUUUAA